ACAGUUUCUUGAGCGUGAGUUUCAACUCUGGAUUUCAGAAUCUCAAUCAGUACACUCUGUAAACAGAAUCUUUCCAAUCCCACCCUUCUAAUCCUUCCAUAGAUCUGCAAAUAUCUCCUCGGAAGCCACCGGAAAGGCAAUUUGGCAUUUCAUCAAACAUCUUUCCAGGUAAUUUGUUUCUGAGGUUGUUCAAGAAUUGAUUAGAAAUCUUAAGUUGAUUUUACUAUUCAGUUCUGCUCUGGGUUAUUCUGGUUAAGAAUUAUGAUCGUAGAUAUUGCCACCUAAGAUGCCUGCUAUGCAUAAUUGCUUUGUGGCUCAGCUUUCAGAACUGGAGAAGAUGUUUGGCAGAUCAAAAUUAUUGGGUUUAAUUAAGUGAUUGGAAGUUAUAAAUGGAGCCCAAGUCGCCUUCGAAAUCGAAACCUCAGAUUACGGGGUUCACUUGCGAUCCCAGAUCGCCGAAGUUCGUUGUAGUCACUAUUUCGAUAAUUUUGAUUUUUGGAAUGGUUUGUGGAUAUUUCAUUUUUAAAGAACGGAUUUGGACGACUGAGAAGAUCCGGACAUAUUUCACUGUCGUGUUAGACUGUGGAAGUACAGGCUCAAGAGUAAAUGUGUUUGAAUGGAUGACUGGAAAUGACAGUAGAGUUUAUGGAAAUUUACCUGUUUUGUUGCGUAGUUACCCAGAUAAUGUGAAUAAGAGCAGUGGCUGUCAGUACCACUGCAUGCAAACUGAGCCUGGAUUGCAUUAUUUCGUCAAUGAUGUAGUAGGUGUGAGGGCCUCUUUAGAGCCACUGAUUAGAUAUGCGGAACAGUGGGUUCCUUUGGAAAGACGUGCUGCAACGCCUAUAUUCAUUUUAGCUACAGCUGGAAUGAGGAGGUUAGUGGCUGAGGAAGCUAAGCGAAUUCUGGGAGAUGUCGAAACUGUUGUGAAAGAGCAUGAGUUUCUAUAUAGGAAGAGCUGGGUUAGGGUGUUGACUGGGAAGGAAGAGGCAUAUUAUGGUUGGGCUGCACUGAAUUAUAAGAUGGGGGUCUUUGGAAAAUCUUCGAGGACGUCCACAUUGGGACUCCUUGAUUUAGGGGGCUCAUCAUUGCAGGUGGUGGCUGAAGUAGAUGUUUCAACGAAAGACGAGCAUGUUUUUAGAUCAAAGAUUGGGCCAGUUGAGCAUGAUAUUGUGGCGUAUUCACUACCAGCCUUUGGUUUGAAUGAAGCUUUUGAUAGGACAAUCGCUUUGCUAAGUCAUACUCAGGCACUUGGAGAAAGUGCUGGUGGCGUCUUUGAAGUGAGACAUCCAUGUCUUGGUUCUGGUUUUGUCCAAAACUACACAUGCCAUGGUUGCUUUGGCAGCGAUUACUCUAGAGUUAAAAUAAAUAUGAGCAAUCAGGUGCAAGUGAGUGAGUUAAAUUCUGUGUUCCUUGUUGGGGAACCGAAUUGGGAACAGUGCAAAGUAAUUGCAGGGGCAGCUGCCAUCAAUUCUAGCAGUUCAGAAUUGUCGUACCAUCUUAAUCAUUCAAAAUGCAUAGGCUUGUUUUCUUAUGGAGGCUCUACAAAGCUUAAUUUAACAAAAACCUUACACACCGUCUCACGGUACCAUGCAUUAUCCGGGUUUUUUGCUGUCUAUCAUGCGCUAAACUUGAGUCAGAGGGCAAAUCUUUCUAUGCUGUGGGAGUCGGGCGAGAAGUUAUGUUCAGGAUCAUGGGCUGAUCAGGAAAGCAGCAAUGGACAAUAUUGCUUUCGAGUGCCCUAUUUGACAUCACUCAUCGAAAAUGCUCUUUGUCUCAGUGACAUCGAAAUAAUAUUUGGGCCUGGAGACGUUUCUUGGACAUUGGGUGCUUCAUUAAUUGAAGGAGAGUUUUUAUGGCUUGAUCCUGAGAAAUCACAGAAUCCCAUGUUAACUCUGAAAGACUAUAUAAUGAUACCGUCUCCAGUGCUUAUAUUUGUGUUGCUUUUAUCCCUUCUGCUCAUUGUUUACUGCUGUCAAAUUAAGUUGCCUAUGCCUGGAAGGAAAACUGCUAGUACUAGGACAUCAUUGCCAUCUUAUUUAUGUCCUAAACGUCAGAUUAACUAAUCAUUGGGUUUAUUAUUUCUUCAUUGGAAGAUAUAGAAUUCAAGUGAACUUCUAUUGUAUGUACUUUAUAGAAUCUAAAGUCAUCAGUGAUUCAAAUUCA